AAAACAAAUGAAGAGAUUAUUGAGGAAUGCUCAAAUUUUAUCAAAAUAAUCGCGAUAUUACCAUCAUGAUCCAGCCAGUAGAGCCUUAGUAGGUAAGGAUUCAAUUUUAUGUAAUUCAGGGUCACCCUAAGAGAUUGCUCCUCCUGUGCACUUCAAAUUAUAUUAUCUCCCAGACAAUGUUGCCAAAACUGGGUAGGGUAUGGGACAUCCUCACUAUAGUGCCUAUUAAAUGGAAGGAAUCACCACAUAUGAUAAUUGGGAAUACAAGUAGAUUGUUAAAGUAAUCUAGAUAUUAUGGCUAAUGGUGGCAUAUUGGAUCUAUUUUCUGGAAUUCUUUAAUGCUAUUCUACCCCUUAUUAUUGUGGUUUGUUAUCGAGUAGAGUGAGGUAAUUAGAAAUGAUCUAUCAAGCUUAGCAAGAAGCACUUUUGGUGAAGGAUGACAUCUUUAAGAAAUAUUUCAACGAAGCAGGAGGAUUCUAUUAAUACACAUUCAUCGGCCCAGAAACCACUUUAAAUUAUUGAAGCAUUCAUUGAAAAAUAUAAAAAUAUAUUAAAUAUU